UAGGCCACCAGGCUUCUCUGUCCAUGGGAUUUCCCAGGAAAGAAUACUGCAGUGAGUUGCCACUUCCUUCUCCAGGGGAUCUUCUUGACAGAAGGAUCAAACCUGCAUCUCCUGCAAUAUCAGGCAGAUUGUUUACCACUGAGCCAUCAGGGAAGCCCAAGCGGAAAUCAGACCAAGCAACAAAAUGUUCAAGGGAACAACCUGGAUUAGUGAAAUAUUGGAUUUGAUCUAUAACAAUGGGAAUGUGGAGAAAUGUAAACGAGAUGCAAUAUAGAAACGAGUGCCAUUCAUGGAAUUAAUAAUUCCAAGACUUACAAAUGGAGUUGAGGACUUGAAUGACAUGCAGUCUCCUCGAUUAGUGAAAACACACCUACCUGUUCAACUUCUCCCUUCUUCAUUUUGGAAAAAUAACUGCAAGAUGGUCUAUGUGGCACGGAAUGCUAAAGAUGUAGCCGUGUCUUACUAUUAUUUUUACCAGAUGGCAAAAAUGCAUCCAGAUCCUGGUACCUGGGAGGAAUUCCUAGAUAAAUUCAUGACUGGAAAGGUGGCUUUUGGUUCUUGGUAUGACCAUGUUAAGGGCUGGUGGGAGAAGAAAAAAGAUUAUCGCAUACUUUACCUGUUCUACGAAGACAUGAAAGAGGAUCCAAAGUGUGAAAUUCGGAAGUUGUUAAAAUUUCUAGACAAAGACCUUCCAGAAGAAACUGUGGAUAAAAUCCUCUAUCAUAGCUCCUUUGAGAUGAUGAAGCAAAAUCCUAGUGCAAAUUAUACCACUAUGCCAAAAUUUAGUAUGGACCAUUCUGUAUCUCCCUUCAUGAGAAAAGACUGAAAGAACUGCCAUUUUGUGAGCUAUGCCCUCACAAAAGAGAGAAAGAUCAAGAAAGAUGUUGGAAACUUUCCAGGACCUUUAAAGUUUCUGUUCAGAUGUGUUAUAUUCCACAUACAUUCAAAUUCUAUUGGUCAAAGCAUACAAAAAAUCCAAGCCCAAAGUUAAUGAGGCAAGGAGGAAUCACAAACACACUACAAUGGACAGAGGUGUAAAAUCUUUUUACAGUGAAGAAGAGAGUGUUUCAGGAGACUGGAAAAAUCAGUUCACUGUAGCCCAGUAUGAAAGAUUUGAAGAUUAUGAAAAGAAAAUGAAAGGGUCUACAUUGCAAUUUCAUUCAGAGAUCUAAGAAAUACUUGCUCUUUUUCCAGUUGCUUUAGUUUUGUGUAAUGUUUCCCUAUUUAUUGAUAUUAGUGUUUUGUAAUAGAAUAUUCAAAUAAUU